AUGUCAUUGUUUCUUCUCAAGAAUUCGUUUGGGUCCAAGAUGAAGAAAGGUUUCGGCCAUUUCUGCAAUGGCGAGAGCUCCACCUCGAUUCUGAAGCAGGAAAAAGUCCAAGCGUGUGCUGACGUGGCGAGGCAAAAACACUACUCCUCCUCGAGAGAAAGCCACCGGCCGAGUUUAGAGGAAAUGAUAAUGCAGUUGGAGAUGGAAGAAGAAGAAGAGAAUAGCAGUAAUGGUCGAGGAAUAGUUUUUCAACCACAUAGAAUGUCAUGUGUUAACAGUUGUGACAUUCUUAGAACGGCUAGAAACGCCCUGAACCAGUAUCCUCGAUUUUCCCUAGAUGGAAAAGAUUCCAUGUAUCGAUCCUCAUUCGUAAAUAAGUUGAGGAAACAUGAAAAAGUCGGAUUGCCUCGUGAGAUUGGUGGGGAGAGCGUGAUUUGGUGCAAGCCGGGAGUGGUGGCUAAAUUGAUGGGCCUCGAUGCAUUGCCUAUUCCCUUGAAUAGCAUUACUUAUAGAACAGUCAUAAGGAAGAGGGUCGACAAAGAGAGGAAAAAAUUGCUUAUGGCGGCCCAUCAUAAGAGGCGAGAGAUGCCAAGUACUACUGCUUACUCCCUCAUCGAUCCUAUGGACUUGGAAAUUCUGAAUGCCGAGGCAGGCUGGCCGAUGAGACGCCGCCGCUCUUCCUUCAAUCGCCAUCGAUCCGCCUUCCUCGGCGACGGCGGAGCUUGGCCAGCGGUCAUCACCGAUCUCUCGUCAAUCCAGGUGGUCGUGCGUCCCGAUGAAGCUGAGGUUCCGCUGACUGUUUCGGCCCUUCGGUCGUCGGCAUAUCUGAAGUUCAAGGUGCCGUCUCUCUGGUCGGAGUCCGGUCUGCGAUGGGUUAUUCUCUCCCGGUCGCCGACCGCUCGAUUGACGGAGGAUCUUAGUGGUGCUCGGUGGUGUGCGGUGCUGUGGAUGGGCGUGGCUCCAGCUGCUGCGACGGCUUCCGUGGUGGCGGACGGGGUUGAGGGCCGUUUCCUUCUCACAUCCCCCGUUUGUCUAGUGGUGUUAGACGGCGGGGGAGGUUCUUCGGCUCGUCUAGUGGUGUUAGAAGAGUUCGGGUGGAAUCGGUGUGGGUUUGAAGAUGGCUCUCUAGUUUCGGUAGCAGGUUCUUGUCCUGAAUUUGUCUUGUGUCGAUCGUUCACUUCUGGUUGUGUCUUUGGUUUGGGCCGUUUGGCCUCUGUGAGCCCGGGUGUCAAUCUUAUUACUCCGUUGGGGUCCGACAUUCUGGCCUUUUUAGGCAGUUUCGGGAGUGGUCCUUGGGCUGCGUUCUUCUCUUGUGGGGUCGGUUUUGUAUGGCUCCUGGUGUGUCGUGCAGGGCUAGGUACUUCCUACUGUCCCAUUCCCUUGGUGACUCUGGUGUUGGGUCCGUGGGAGACCGGUGAUGCCAUCUCGACUAGUGGUGUUAGCCGGUUUGGGGCAUUGGUGUUGUUGGGGCGUUCUUGGUUGCUUGGCCUUUGCCGAAGGGGCGGGUAUGCUCACAGGUUGGAUUCGUGGCUUGGGUCUUCGUUUCAGCUAGGCCGUUUUUGGCAGUUUCGGGAAUGGGUUCUCAGGUUGUGGAUUUCUCCCUGGAAGCUGUCCGGACUUGUGGUUUUGGUUUGGGCCGUUGGCCUCUGUACAACCCGAGUGUCAAUUUAUUAUCCUGUUAAGAUCGGGCACUCGGAGCUGUUGACACCCGAGUCGAGCCCAGAAGGACCAGAAACCGAGGAUAACCGACCGGUGGACGAUGUCGAAAGCCGGAUCGGUAUGCGGGAUACUCUGAGGGGCCGAACUGGCCGAGGAACAAAGUUGACGAGAACGGUGUGCAGGGUAAUACUCCAGAACGACACUUUGGAUGGUCGAGGGACGAUGUCGAUCAACGCGAAUGCCGAGCAUAAAACAGAACCUCCGAGACCAGGAGAUGAAUUUAUUUGGACAGAGAGGAAUAGUGCGGAGCAUGGGGAUAUUACUUUUAUGUGCUCUCACAUUGUUUUGCAGGUUGAUCGACUCACGCUUAGAGACUGGACAAGCUACAACCCCCCUCCCCCCCUUUUCCGUUUCCUGUCAUCUCCGCUGCCGUCUGUUCAGCACCCACGACCUAGAGCCGUUGUUUGGCUGAGACCCUAUUCCCCUUGGGUUAAGUUGAACACUGACGGAUCUUUCUACAGACUUAUUGGAGUCGCUGGAGACGGGGACCUGAUUAGGGAUCACAGCGGAGCUCUUAUUACCGCCUUCUACGUCCCUCUUAUGGCCUCUUCGAGCUACGACGCGGAGGUUCAAGCGCUGCAGAUCAAUCUUCAGAUUGCAACCUUUAUAUCUACUCACAUUUGGAUUGAGCUGGAUGCUGCCGCUGUCGUCACCCUCUUGACCUCGAGCCACCAGGAUUCGUGGCAGAUUCAGCACCAGCUCAUGCGCAUCAGAUCCAUACUUCAGUCGGUUCGCUAUCAGAUUUCGCACAUCUUCCGCGAAGGGAAUCGACCUGCUGACUUCCUGUCUAGACUCGGUGCCUCCGCACCCCAGAGACGUAUUUUCCACCCUUACAGCGCCCCUCUUCGCUUACACUGUUUACUUGUGCACUUGUCAAAUCAGAUAUCAUACUAUUGCCCAUGUGCCUCUCAUACAUUGUUUAAGGAAAAGAUGAAGACAUCGCUGAAGAAAUUACAGAAAUUUGCUGCGGCGAAGCAUGAUAGGAAAGCGCAAAAGCACCAUCAAUCGUUGCCUCUAGAUGAGCUCGCUCGAGCUACGCAGGCGAUUCUAACGAAGUUAUUGGCAGGAUUGGGAGUAUCUCAUUUGUUGAUUGUGAUCGAUUUGUUUUAUUACACUUUUCAAUUCAAGCAAUAUCUGUGCUACUUUGACUGUACCUUGCUAACUGUGGAUUACUAUGGAAAAUUUGGGAAGACUAGACAAACGCUACUGCAGUACUGCGCUGAAGAAACUUUUCAGUGCUGUCACCAUCAAAUUUCAUUUUGUCUUGACCAGGAUAUGAAUGACAUGAGAGACUGCUAUGAUAGGUUACUCUCAGCUGCAGCUGCAACUGCUAACAGUGUAUACGUUUCUACUAAUCAAGCCUCAUUUGUCUCAGAAUUUUCCGAAUCACUAAGGGAAAUGGGUGAUUGUCUUCUUGAGAAAACGGCCCUCAAUGAUGAUGAAGAGAGUGGGAAAGUUCUAUUAAUGCUGGGAAAAGUACAGUUUGAACUUCAGAAACUUGUUGAUGGUUAUAGAUCUCAUAUAUUCAGGACUAUUACAAUCCCAUCAGAGUCUCUUCUGAAUGAACUUCGUAUAGUAGAGGAGAUGAAGAAGCGGUGUGAUGGAAAAAGAGAGAUAUAUGAUGAUCUGCUGAAGAAACAGAAAGAGAAGAGGAUGUUAAAGAACAGUAAAGGUGAAUGUUUCCAUUCGCCUCAGUUGAAGGAAGCCUAUGAGGAUUAUGAUGAUGAGGCAAAUGUAUUUGUUUUCCGCAUGAAAUCUCUAAAACAAGGACAAUCGCGUAGUUUUCUUACACAGGCAUCUCGGCAUCAUGCUGCACAGCUAUUCUUCUUCAAGAAUGCAGUCAGAUCUUUGGAGGCCGUAGAGCCACAUGUCAGAUUGCUUGCUGAACAACAUCAUAUUGAUUACCAGUUUAGCGGACUCAAAGAUGAUGGACAUGGAAUUUAUAGUGAUGGUGGUGAAAGUGAUGGAGAGGGUGGUAGUGAAGAUAGUUCUGAUACACAUGAUGAUGGAGAAUUGAGUUUUGACUAUGAGCAUAAUGUUUCCAUACAAGAAGUUGCUACAUUAAAAAACUCCAUGGAGUUGGAUACUCCCCAUACGACAAUCUCUGCCAACCCUAAAUUAGGUGCCGCAAAGGAUAUUUUACAAAAUCCUGCCAGAAAUUCUUUUUCUUUACAAAGAGGAGUUGGAGCCAUCAGCAAAUCAGCACCUCUCUUUCCUGAGAAGAAACUGGAUUCAGCUGAGCGAGUGGCUCAGUUUGGGCCUUCACCAUCACGCAAAUACACUUCUUACGUGUUGCCAACUCCAGACGAGACAAGGAGUCCUGUUUCUGGGAAAUUAUUUAACGAAUCUCCUCAAGUAAGAAAAACGGCCUUAGACCUUAGUCAUUCCUCUCCCUUAGACCAGAACAAGUACGAAAAACUCGGGGCAAAUGAUAAACCAAUCAUCUUAGACACACAAUCAGUACUGAAAGAGAGCAACAACCCCCCAAAACCUAGCCGCUUGCCCCCUCCUUUGUCAGAAACUCUCUCAUUCAAACAACUCGAUCCAAAUGUUGCAUCCUAUGCUAAGAAAGCCAAAAGGCAAGCUUUUUCCGGCCCUUUGACAGGAAAACCGUGGCCGAAUAACACAAAUUCCACAGCCAGUGGACCAAUUGCUUCAUCAGCAUUCUCUCUGCCAUAUUCGGGUUCUCUAUUACGCACACCAAUACCUCGGCCCACAUCAACUCCUAAGUUGUCUUCACGGAAUUUCGUGUCAUCGCCAAAAAUUAAUGAACUUCACGAGCUUCCCCGGCCACCUGCUCAUGUAGCUGUUAGAAGGCCUACUAAUCGUGGUGCUCAUUCGGGUCCGUUAAUGUCCAAAUCUCUCGAGCUGUCAACUGCAAGUAUAUCAAAGACGUCCAUGUCAGCAUCUGCACUCCCAGUUCCACCAUUGGCAUUAUCGCGCAGUUAUUCAAUUCCAGCUGGAGGCUCGAUAGAUGUGGCAUUACGUGUUCCAUUACAAGGUUCUCACAACUUAAAGAUGGAAGAAGGCAUUUCUUCGCCUCCUUUGGAACCAAUUUUCUUGCCAGAUACCCAAUCAGAAUCUCAUACAACAUAGAUGAUUCCUGCCCUAAGCAGCCUAAUGAAAGGCAACUUAAAGAGCACGACUGCAAUUCUGGGCACUGUAGACAUCUGUGAAUACUUCACUAGCUAAUCAUAUUUUGAACAGCGUUAGACAUGUAUAAAAAAUGCAUACUAUUUUGUGAUUGGUAUGAAAAAGUAUCCAUCGUAGUCAGUGGCUUUUAACCGAUUCUGUAGUCGACUUUGUAUCUCCUUUCACCUUAAUAGAAAAUAAGAGGGUAGCAAAUGUUGCUUACCAAGUAGUUUUCUUGCUUAAAGAAGUAAAUAGGGAAACGAUGUUGUGAUACUGAUCAUGGAGAGGUUGGCUUAUUGGUGGCAUAUUUAGUAUAAAUCGUACUUAUAUCCAGCAAUAACGUUUAUGUAUUUAACAGUUGGGAUAAUUUGUAAUUAGUCAAUGUGGUGCUACUUAUUUCAAGUUUGUACCACUGUGUUUUAAUUACUUAAACAUAUUUACUUCCUAAAUGAA